UCUCUUUAAUUAAUACUCGUACGUCGUAAAAACGACCGACGACCCUUCCAUAGUUCCAUCCAUCCCAUCCGCCAUUGCCAAUAUCUGCAAAUCCCCUCUCCUCUCCCUCCUCCCCUACACACACCCAACGCGUUUUCACCUCCGCACUUUCUCUCUCCUCACAUUUCAUUCCCUCAACCUAAAAUUCGUCGUCUUCUCCAAAAGCUACCGAAUCCUCCAUUUUCAAUUCUCUCUCCUCUUCUCUGUAUCACGGGUUUCCGAUUCAUUAAUGUGAUCCGUACAAUCACCGCAAUUAUACUCUCUGAUUUGGUUUCUGGAAUUUUUCGAUUUCCUCAAAAAAUGUCAGAUCUCUAGCGAAAAUUUGAAGAUCGAAUCAAUUUCCAAUUUCUAGGGUUUUGUAUCUGUUCGUCGUUUUUUUUCACCUCAGUUCAAACCUAAUUAAGGUUUCAAAUUAGGGUAAAUUAAAUUGACGGAGAUGAAGACGACGAGCAGAUUCUUCACAAUAGGGCUGGUGACAGCAUGGUACUCAUCAAACAUUGGGGUAUUAUUGCUGAACAAGUAUUUGUUAAGCAAUUACGGGUUCAAGUACCCGAUCUUUCUUACCAUGUGUCAUAUGACUGCUUGUUCAUUGCUAAGCUACAUUGCUAUAGCUUGGCUAAAGAUGGUACCGAUGCAAACUAUCCGAUCGCGGGUUCAAUUCUUCAAGAUCGCAGCUCUUAGUCUUAUUUUCUGUGCUUCUGUUGUUAGUGGCAACAUUUCGCUGAAAUAUCUUCCUGUUUCGUUUAAUCAAGCAAUUGGUGCGACCACGCCGUUUUUCACUGCCGUUUUUGCCUAUCUUAUUACGUUUAAGAGGGAGGCUUGGCUUACAUAUGCCACCCUUAUUCCUGUUGUUACUGGUGUUGUUAUUGCUAGUGGGGGUGAACCGAGUUUCCACCUUUUCGGGUUUUUAAUGUGUGUAGCUGCAACGGCUGCUAGGGCUCUUAAAUCAGUGGUUCAGGGUAUUUUGCUGUCCUCUGAAGGGGAGAAGCUCAAUUCUAUGAACCUCCUCCUUUAUAUGGCUCCAAUAGCCGUUGUUUUCCUUCUUCCUGCAACACUGUUCAUGGAAGAAAAUGUGGUUGGCAUCACUCUGGCACUUGCAAGGGAAGACGUCAAGAUUGUCUGGUAUCUGAUUUUCAAUUCUUCGUUGGCGUACUUUGUGAAUCUGACCAACUUCCUGGUCACCAAACAUACCAGUGCUUUGACUCUUCAGGUGCUUGGAAAUGCAAAGGGUGCAGUUGCUGUUGUCGUCUCAAUUUUGAUCUUUAAAAACCCUGUCUCAAUUACUGGGAUGCUCGGUUACUCACUCACUGUCCUUGGGGUCAUACUUUACAGUGAGGCCAAGAAAAGAAGUAAAUGAUCUGAGUUGAGAUAAAUGAUAGGAAAUAGUUUUGCUCUUUUUAUUCCUACCUCUGAGGCACAGCAUCAACAUGUCAUGAAGAAAAGGAUUGACAGUACACAAGAUAUCAGAGCCACAGGUUCUUCAAUUUAUAUAUCAGAUUUUCCCCUGUAAGUCUUUGGGGAUGGGUUUUUGGUUGCACCAUCAACACCACAAAUGAGUAAGUAAACUAAAUAUAUAGGGGUUAAAAAGAAAAGGGAAAAGCCAUAAGCAAUUGCUGUUUCUUUAUUCUUGUUAAAUUGGUAUAUUGGGGUCCGAGGGGGGAAUAUUUUGUAUUCUUUUAGCAAAAAGGUUGUAGAAUUGCAUUUUCUAUACAGUUUGUCCUUUUAACAGUUCGAAAUUGAGUAAUUAAUGAAAGACAUUCAUCGGUUAAGAUUUUUC